GGGUUGUUGGUAGCUCAUUCUCCGCAAAGGCUACUAUCGAACAGAAAGACCAUUUCUCCAACUUCUCAGGAAAAGCUUUGGCAGGCUCUGAGUGACAUUGAUUUAUAUGGUGCCAGUCAACUCCCCAAGAAUAGGAAGAAGCUUUGGUCGGAGACAUGGACUAAAACGAAGACUCCAUCAUCAUUAUCAGGUCAGAAGGAAGCUGAAGCAUUGCUAGCCCCUGAGCAAAUGAGCAAGAAACCAAAGAACCACAGUAAUGCUUCCCUUCUUUCAGUUAACAAAGGAAUUCUCAAGUCGCCAGAAUGCUUCCUGUAGGUCACCUUGUUUUUGCAUGAAGAAUUCAACAUUUCACGAACAAACUGAGAAGGCUGUUGAAUUCUCACAACGACAGAUGCAUGAUAUAGAAAACAUUGCAAUGAAACUUCUGAAGGGGUUGAAGUCCAUGAAAAACAUUGUGGAAGAAACUCUUUGUUCAGAAUCAUGUUCCUCCCUACCUUCAAAAUUUACUGCUGACGAGAUCAGGGCAGCUGUUGAGAAUGCAUCCAAACUUGAAAAGAUCACAAGGAGGUGGCUAUCUAUGAUGACAAAGGAUUGCAAUCGUUUUUGUAAAAUAAUGAGAUUAGCUGAGAACAAAGAAACUACUCCUGUUAAUGGUGUUUCUAAGAAACGGAAGAAGAUUACUUUUGCUGAUGAAGCUGGUGGUGUUCUCUGCCAGGUGAAAGAUUUCAGACAACAGCCAGCACCUGUUGUUGUACGUGAAACUGGGAAGGAUGAUAUGAGCCAUGUACUGUUGUAGAAUAGCAGUAGGCUGCUAUAGGCAACGAGUCCAAGCAUCUCAAAAGCUGGUAAUUUUUGUUGGCAUGCUCAAAUCUCACAGGCGGUAGGCAACAAUGGCCACUUCUUGGACAAUUGCUGCCAUGACAGAUGCUUGUGUCUUCUAUCUUGUGGCAGAAAGACUAUGUGGCUGGAGGAUAUUUCAUACUUUAUCCUUGCAAAGUCUGCCUCUGAAGUAGGUCUUGGAUUGAGGUGCAAUGGAUGUUUGAAGCUGUUUCUUAACUGAUAUUUGUUGCCUGCUGAAGCAUUAUCCUAUCGGACACCACUGGUGAGGUGGAAUUUAAGAAACCUAGUUUUAUGCUGAGCUAUACGUAUAUGUGCGGUAGAAGGCUUGCCACAGUAACUAUGGUAGGGAAAGAUUAAAAAAAAUCAUUUGCUUAUCUGGAUGACAUUGGUCUCAGUUGGUGAUGUUAUCUUAUGAUUAAAAUAAUGUUAGUUUUAUAUUUAUUCCAUCAUUUCAAUAUUGUGAGCUGUGGUUUAACUAGAAUGCAAAUGCAUGGUUCAGGAUAUUUGUUCUAUGAAAUAUGAAAUAUUUUAGGU